CCCAAAAAAACACUAGAAUAAAAGGGAAACACAACCAUAACUAAAACGGUGUAGGAUUACAAGUAAAACGGCAUAGAAAUAUUGCAGUUGUCCAAGGACGAGGGAGGAAGAAGGUAGAAGAAGAGAGAAAGAGAGUUUGUGGAGGAAAAGCUAAAAUCCAGGGAUGUCUUUGGUAGACUACACAUCCUCGGACGAAGACGACGACGUUCCGGAGGAUCUCCCAGAGAAACAAGAAAACGUCUCCGACCAACCUCCCACUCCUUCUCCUCCUCCUCCGCUUCCCAAUCCUCUUCACAAGCAGAAACCCAGUUCUGAAUCAUAUCAAAAGCCUGAAAGUUCCCAUUCAAAAGAACCUCCAAUUGAGAAACUCCCUGAUGCUUCACUGCUGUUGAAUUCUCCUGAUUUCUCAUCAAACAUGGUGAGUGCGACCGACCACUCUUCCCUAGUUGCAGCUGCCAUGGCGGAAAAUGCUUCGCGGAAGAGAGAUUCAAAGGGGUUGGCUUCCUCUCUUCCUCGAAGUAAAGUUCCAAAAGGGUCAUUGCCCCAUUCCAAGAAUGUUCCUGAUACUGUUGGUGGUAUGCUAGUUCCACCCCAGCUUAGUGGAAGGAGCAAUGUUGUGACUGAAGAUAUAAGCAAGCUGUUUGUCAAUAAGCAAGCUGACCCCUCACAACAGUAACGGAUCUCCAAAUGUUUUGUACUUUGGAUAAUGACAUUUUCUUGGGAAAUUUACAAAUGUAGAAUUGAAAAUUUACAUUUGUAGAGUGUAGGGAAUGUUAGCUUACUGUUAAGUUGUGUUUUAAGCCAGUUGGUUGGGAGCUAGGACUAAUUUUGAGCCGCUAAAAGACAUACUAAAUGUAUGCCUUGCAACUUCAAACAAGGUGUCUCUGAGUUGUAACAUACCCAAGAUGAGCUGCCACUGCCCUUUCUAUCUAAUUUGAGGACCUACUUUUUUUUUUCUUCA